AUGACGCAUUCGACGAAAGGCGCGGGGUCUCCAGUCUAUCGACCCGCGCCUUCCAAAUGGAUCUUUACUAAAGAGCAGAUGAAAAACACGGCGAAUAGAAAGGAGGGAAUGUCGCGGGAAGAGGAAUUAGGUUAUCGUCAACUGGCGGCGGCGUUUAUUCAAGAAAUGGUCGAUGGGCUGAAUAAUGUGAAAGAUCCCAAAAUGAAAAUCGGUCACACGGGUCUCUGCGUCGCACACACUCACAUGCAUCGCUUCUAUUACUGGCAUAGCUUCAAAAAAUACGAUUAUCGAGACGUUGGCGCUGCGUGCGUUUUUGUGGCCGGGAAGAGCCAUGAAUGCCCCAGAAAGUUGUCGCAUGUCGUCGGUGUGUGGAGGGAUCGAAAAGAUCGGAAACAGUUGACAACGGAGGCGGCGCGAAACGAAGCCGCCCAAAUCAUUGUCCUUCUCGAGAGUAUGAUUCUCCAAACGAUCGCUUUCGAUCUGAAUAUUCAUCUACCUCAUGUCAAUGUUCUUCAGAUUAUGGAAAAAGUCGAUAAAGACGAACAUUACCGCUCACUCAAGUCGUGUGCCUUCUAUUUUGCCACAGAUGUAAUCGCCGUAACCGACUGGUGUCUCCGCUACUCGGCCGCCUCAAUGUCAAUUGUCAUCAUCCAUUUAAUGGCGGCGUAUGCCAAUGUUCGGAUAGAACGUCUCUUCGCCGACUUCAUGACAGAGGGCUCUCCAUGGUAUGCUCAAUUCGAUGAGACAAUGAAUGAGGACAAGUUGAGAGAAAUGGAACGAGAUUUCAUCCAAACCUAUCGUAACAGUUGUCAAUUCCAUUAUGCAUCGAAAUAUAACUUGCGUGAGAAUAGACCACCACUCGACCAUCCGGAUGUCAGGAAAAUUGAACGAACUCGUGACGCUCGAAGCCACAGUCCCAUGAUCAAUCAUCAACAAGUUCCAGAUUCCACACAGAACGGAAGGCCACGUGGAUAUGUGCCAAAAGACGAGUUGACAGUGGAGAGAUUGAACAAGGAGCGACUAGUUGAAGAGGAACGACGAAAACGAGAUCAUGAUCGAAUGGCGGGAAGAAUUGAUAACUCGACGAGCAGUGAAAAACGUGCCCGUAUCGAUCCUCUCUCCAAUAAUUUCGUGACGUCUUCAUCGAUGACGUCAUCAGUUUCGAAUGGGAAACUCCUCCCACCGCCUCCAAUACCUCCUCAACUCAACUAUCCACCGCCACCAAUUGGAGGAUACUCGACGAAUAAUCAACAGAAGAAUCAGAUGAGUCGACGACCGUUUGAACAGAUGACAACCACGUCUUCUGGGUCACCGGCGUUUCGAGCCAGUGCCCGCGCAUUCGACGUCGCCCCAAUGUUGACUCCUCCAGUUGCUCCGAAACUUCAGAAUCUCUCGGAUUCUGAUAUGGAUUUGGAGGAUGGAGAGGUGGAAUGA